UCAAACACGAAUCCAGGAAGAUAUAUCAUAUAUGUACCGUACCGCAUCCGCUGUUGCUGGUUAUCUUCUUGUGCAGUACGUAUUACUAUGAUUGAUUUUUGCCGGCAUUUCCAGCGGAAGUCUCUUUGACAUCAAGAAACAUUUGAAAACACAAUUUCCGUUGAUGAACAUCACUUGGGUGGCAUUUAGUGUAAAUAGUCCCAGCAUUCUAACAAUAUUUCCAAAUCAAUCUUGAUCAACAGUACAACAUGGAUAAAUCGCAGGAAUUUUUCGAAUCCGAUACAGUCACUCUGUCUCCUGAUCCUGAGACUGCCGGGUUUCUGGAACGAUUGACCAAAUUAGCACUGUGUGUCCGCAAUGCAUUUCCCGAAAUACCGUCACUAAAUAUUACCAAUACCACCAAUUCUGACUACGAUUAUAAUAGUAAUUCGGAUGAGGAAGGGGAUUCCAUCUUGAAUACGGUGGUGAUUUUAUCAAUUUUCUGCUCGUUGGUUUUACUGCUUGUAGUGCGUUCCAGUCGGGGUGGAUCCUGGACUUCUUGCAAGGCUGACAUUGAAGCUGUAAAAAUGGAGCGUAAGCUGAAGAAUAUGCAAAAAAUGUCCCCAGGAUUUUCCGGUCAACAAGCCAAAACGUCUACCCGCAAACACAGCGCAAAAUCCAGCUUAUGCUCAACGGAUGCCGGAUUGUAUCGCUCCCUGUCCAGUGCAUCGUCUCCACAGCAGCCGGCUACGGUGGGAAAUGUCACAGUCGUGCACAUCGAGAACGAGACAGGUUGUUAAUGAUUGCACUGGUGAUUAUUUGGAGUGGACGUGACCAGAAAAGUGAGCAUUUUUGAAUUUCCUUUAUGGAUUAAUCACCAAUGUACAGAGCGUAAUGCAGUUGCAUGCAUUCUCGUUAAAUAUUGAUUGAUUUCCGGUAAUUGUGUCAUUCGCAAAUUCAAUGCGGUGCUGCAUUAGGGAAAUAAAUACAGGCGCAACAGAAAGCUUAAAAAUGAACUG